CCGCGGCGCCCUUUGUCUGUGCCGGCGGGAAUGCCCUCUCAGGAUGCCACACUUUCCCAAGAAGGAAAUACAGAGAAGGAAAUGAAUGUUGGAUCACAGACAGUCAUGUCUCAGGAAUCACUGACAUUCCAGGACGUGGCUGUGGACUUCACCAGAGAAGAGUGGGACCAGCUGUACCCUGCUCAGAAGAACCUCUACCGAGAUGUGAUGCUGGAAAACUAUAGGAAUCUGGUUGCACUGGGGCAUCAACUGUAUAAGCCAGAGGUGAUCACUCAGUUGGAGCAGGAGGAACAGUGGAUGAUGGGAAGAGUCAGCCCACCAGACACUCAUCCAGGUGACCAAAGCCACAUCAUGUCCGUGGUUCGUUCAUCCGUCCAUGCCAAAUGGAUCGUGGGUAAGGUAAUUGGGACAGCAAUGCAAAAAACUGCUAAAGUGCGAGUGACCAGACUUGUUCUGGAUCCCUAUUUAUUAAAGUAUUUUAAUAAGCGAAAAACCUACUUUGCCCACGAUGCUCUCCAGCAGUGCACCGUUGGGGAUAUUGUGCUUCUCAAAGCGCUCCCUGUCCCAAGAACAAAGCAUGUGAAGCACGAACUGGCUGAGAUUGUUUUCAAAGUUGGACAGAUCGUAGAUCCAGUGACCGGAAAGCGCUGUGCAGGAACCACCUACCUGGAGAGCCCAGUUGAUCUGGAGACCACCCCGCUAGCCAAAAACCUGGAAGAACUCAGUCUCUCCACAACACAGUGAAGGAGGAUUGGAAAAUAGAGCCAAAAGGGAAUUUCUGAGUUUACUCUAUGGAAAAAUUUUUCUCAGUUUCCUCACAAACCGUCCAGUUUCUCGUCUGGUAUUUAUGAAAUCACUAAAAGUAAAUGGAGUAAAGUCUUUGUUAUAAUUUUUCAUAAAAGUUUAUGGUCAUGUUUCAGA